UUCUAUAACGAGGCCGAUUUACACGUUACCCCUAACAGGUAUGUUCAAGUUCGUAAAUGGCUGUAAAUUAUAUACACUUUUUCUUUUUCAAAUGUAAGUGAACGAGAAACCAUUCAUCCAUGCUAAGUUAGCCGGCUGGCUAGCUGUUGGCUAACAUUAGCUGUACUUGUGGCACUGUUAAUGAUUAGAACAGUGCUGUUCAUGUUAUCACGUUGAAUAUGAAACAUAUGGAUGUGAACUGUUACAGGCACGAACUGGAACAGUUCACUGCGACACAUUGUGAUGAAAUCCCGCUAAAUUUGCUGAGGGAAACCGUAAACGGGCGAGUUAGCUUGUCAAUUAGCAAAGUCCUGGAUAAAAGGAGAAUCAUUGUAGCAGGUGUAGUCUGGAAUAUAAUACUUACGAUAUCAGCUAAUAUAAAAAAAUCAGUCUUUAUGAAUCACCAACUAAUAAUUAUCUUAGUUUUAUUCUUCAUAACCAUUUUGAUUUCCAUUGUGUUGUUGUUUAUGUUGUUUACGUUCACCUUUGGGUUUAGUUGCACCUCAGUCUGACUAACGGGUGUUAGCACAUGCGUUCAGUUUCAUGCUAUGCCAGAGUUCAGGAUGCUAAAAUACGUGUACAACCCAAAACUAUGUUUGCUUCAACAUGCAUGUGAAUCUAUCUGAUAAAGUCAAACCACCCAAAAGAUGGAAGAAAAGCUGAACGGAUCACUGCCUGUUGUCUCCCCGGAGUAUCUUCAUCAGUGGGUCCGGUCCGCCCAGCAGUUUCAAGCUCUCCAGGCCCAAUACGCGUCCUUGAACCCAAACCAUCAGUUCCAUUACCCAGAGAGCACGGGUGAAGAGGCAGCCAUGGCGCACAUGGCCAACCCGGAAUCCACCACGGAUCAGCUGGAACCCACAAACCUGGCAAAACCUCCGGCCAAAAAAAGAGGCAGACCAGCACAACCCAAGGAACCGGGUGCACCCAAACCACCAAAAGUCCCCAAAGCACCAAAAGUCCCCAAAGCACCCAAGCCCCCCAAGCCCCCCAAAGAUCCAAACGCCCCCAAAGCAAAGCCAGGCCCAAAGCCCAAGAAGGCUGCCGAGGCUCCGGCGGAGGGGAAGCAGGAGAAGAUUGACGAGAGCUUCAAGAAGGUGAAGCGGAAAGUAGACCGAUUCAAAGGGAUGUCGGAGGAGGAAGUCAUGAAAAAGACGCUGCCAGACCUGCUGGAUUACAACCUGGACUACGUCAUAAUUGGAAUCAAUCCAGGAUUGAUGGCAGCUUUCAUUGGCCGGUGGUUCCCAGGUCCUGGAAAUCAUUUCUGGAAAUGCCUGUUUCUGUCGGGAUUCACUGAGGAACAACUCAACCACAUGCACGACACAGACCUGCCCGUCAAGUACAAAAUGGGCUUCACCAACAUGGUGGCCCGAGCAACCCCCGGAAGCAAAGACCUCUCAAGUAAAGAAUUACGGGAAGGAGGCAAAAUUCUCGUGGAGAAGUUGAAGAAAUACAAACCACUUAUUGCUGUUUUUAAUGGAAAAUGUAUUUAUGAAAUGUUCUGCAGAGAACUGUUUGGCAAAAAGCCACAAAAACUUGAAUUUGGCUUGCAGCCGCACAAGAUCCCCGACUGUGAUGUGGCCCUUUUCCUGAUGCCCUCGUCCAGCGCCCGCUGUGCCCAGUUCCCCCGGGCUCAGGACAAAGUGCACUUUUACAUCAAGCUGCGGGAGCUCCGGGACCAGCUGAAGGGCAUCCAGAAAAGCACCGAGGUCCAGGAGGUCCAGUACUCGUUUGACCUCAAGUUGGCUAAGGAGGACGCCAAGAGGCUGGCCAUAAAGGAGGAGCAGUACGACCCCGGGUACGAGGACGCCUACGGCGGGGCCUACGGAGCCCAGGACACCGCCCAGGAGACCGCCGCCUCCCAGGCCGCCAUGGGCCAGCUCCCGGACGGCCAGUGGAUGACCCAGUCCUUCGCCGACCAGAUUCCCGACAUAAGCGGAGGCCCAAAAGACAGCAGCAUAUGAGGGACGCCCGGCAGCCGCCUCAGUCUUUACCUCAGUUUUUGUUCUUUUUAUUAGUGUCUGAGUGGAUCAUGACCACAUUCUUAGAGCUUCUUAGAAAUGUUGCUGAAUAUUCUCUCUGCAUUUUUUUUCCGGUGGUCUUUCAAACAUGAAUGAUUGUGUCCACAGCCGUCUCUGAGUAUGUGAAACCAGGGCGGCUCAGGAGCAGGCGGAGUAUUUAAGCGUUUGUUUCUGUCUUUGUACUGUACUGUACUGCACUGUGCUGCAGUAAGCCUCAACGUUCACCUCUACUGACUGGACAGUAGGUCAAACUGGUUCUUUCUGCUCCCCCUGCUCAGUGGAGCCUGUGUGAUCCUCUGUUUGCAGAGAAGACUUAACUAGCAUUGCUGAUUUACAUUAAUGGUGCUAUGAACUGAUGAGAUACGAACUGAUCAUGUGAUAAACACAGACUCUUGAGUGUCUGACCGCCUUCAGCACGAUUUUACAGAAACCCAAUUUCCUCUUGAACCCCUGUCUUUUCUUUUAGGAGUUUAUAAAAAUGUCAUUCACAAGUAAUUUUAUGAAACACUUGUCUAUUAAAAUGUCCCAAUUAUGCUUUUUUUAAAUAUAUA